GCGAAAAUAACCUGCCUUCGUCGCUUCGGUCCCCAUUUUUUCAUUCAAGUUCUGUCAGUACAGCGUCCGGUGGCAACCAAAUUGUUGAACUACUUUUACCGUGCAAAAAUUUCAUUUUGGUAAUUCUCAUUGUCGUGUCUGCAAUCUGAAAAUGUCUACAGAAAGCGUAAAAACGUUUAGCGCUCUGAAUCAUUACAAGCGAAUAGGAUGAGCGAAUAUUCAGAAAUGUUUGCCAGCUUAGAGACUCCAGGGUAUGUGGGAUUUGCGAACUUACCAAACCAGGUGCAUCGGAAGUCUGUGAAAAAGGGUUUUGAAUUUACUUUAAUGGUUGUUGGAGAAUCAGGUCUUGGGAAAUCCACUCUAGUCAACAGUCUUUUUCUUACUGAUUUAUAUCCAGAGAGACUAAUACCGGAUGCUGUUGAGAAAACAAACCAGACUGUUAAGCUUGAUGCAUCUACAGUGGAGAUUGAGGAAAGGGGUGUUAAACUACGUUUAACUGUUGUUGAUACUCCAGGAUACGGAGAUGCUAUUGAUAAUACAGACAGUUUUAGAGCAAUCAUUCAGUAUAUUGACGAUCAGUUUGAAAGAUUUCUCAGAGAUGAAAGUGGAUUGAAUCGAAGAAACAUAGUUGACAAUAGAAUCCACUGUUGCUUUUAUUUCAUCUCACCGUUUGGUCAUGGUCUGAAGCCGCUGGACAUAGAAUUCAUGAAGCAACUCCACAAUAAAGUAAAUAUUGUGCCUGUGAUCGCCAAGGCGGAUGUGCUUACCAAAAAAGAGGUGCUCCGUUUGAAAAAACGUGUUAUGGAAGAAAUAGAAGGUAGCGGAAUUAAGAUCUAUCCUCUACCGGAUUGCGAUAGUGAUGAGGAUGAAGAUUACAAAGAACAAGUGAGACAAUUGAAAGAGGCUGUUCCAUUCGCUGUUUGCGGUGCAAACACACUGCUCGAAGUCAAAGGGAGAAAGGUCAGAGGUCGACUUUAUCCAUGGGGUGUUGUCGAGGUUGAAAAUCCAGAUCACUGCGACUUCAUUAAAUUGAGGACAAUGCUCAUUACGCACAUGCAAGAUUUACAAGAGGUCACUCAAGAGGUACAUUAUGAGAAUUAUCGUAGUGAACGAUUGGCCAAAGGAGCUCCUGUGCCACCACGACGGCAAACAAUCGUUGAAUCGGAGAAAUCGGGUGCCACAUCCGAGAACUAUCGUAUACUGCAAGAAAAGGAAGCGGAAUUGCGGCGAAUGCAAGAGAUGCUGGCUGCAAUGCAGGCGCAAAUGCAACAGCAGAAACCUUAAUUUCUCAAUUCAUCUCAUAUAAUAAUCAAAGGAAACUGAACAAACGAAGGUGUUUUCAUCUUGCCAGGUGCCAAAAUUAAAAGUUAGAGAAAAAACGAAAGAAACAAUACGGAAGGUAUAACAUACGUGGGAAAUAAUCUUGUGGCUUCUAGUCGCUUCUUCGGAAUCUCAAUCUGUGUGAUGAACCAAAAACAAAAUUAUUAUGACAAACAUAUAGAAGAAAUAUUGCUGCCUCGCACGAAUUGUCUUUCCUAAAUAUAAGACGCGAUCUAGUAUGUCAUAUUUUUUAUCUUCGUGUUUCGCCAAUUCAUGAUCUUUCCUUGAGUCGAAACACUAUGAGCCAGCAUUUAUUAACAUCUUGCGGAAGAGAAAGAAAUAAGAACUCAAGUUUCUGGACUUUUGUCCUGCAGCGUCAGAGUGAAGUAGAAAAAAGUGCCUUGCAGUUUUUCCAAAUGGCUCGUCCUUUCUUAUUGUAUUUUCUGCCUGCGAACUUGAGAAAUUUGGCAAUACUUUGUAGGUUCACAGUGAUACUUCCUAAUAUAUUUUUGUUUUCUACAAUACGACACGUAAUGUAAACACUUUUAGUUUCCUAUAGUAUAGGUACGCAUGUAGGCUUGGUCUGCCGUCAUAUUUCCUAUUGGAAGAACUUCAGAAUUACUCGUUCAUACAUAAUGCUCAUAUUGAAAGAUAAUCGUUGUGAUCGGCAAAUUCACAAAUCUAAUAGCAAUUCUGAAAUAUAAUCAACGAUAUUGAAUCCUAUAAGGAUCUCUCUUAAUCGGGUACAGAGAUAGAGAGAGCAAAUGUAUUCAAUAUUUAAGUAUGAAAUGAUUAAUUUGAUAUCUUCCGAGUAGAUUUUUAGAAUUUUCGCAAUUGAAGUAAAAAACGAAAGACUCGAAGUAACAUCGCAUGUGACGUGAUAUUGCACGUCUAGUCUCGAUUGUAAUUUUGCGAAGUCUUCAUUUUUUUACUGUGAUAGGCAAUGACGAAUAGAUGAAAAGAGGGAGAAAGAAAGAAUACAUAUACAGAUAUUUAUAUUUUUCUGCAACGAGACUAUCUUGGCCUCGUUACAACAUUGCAUUUAUUUUGGUUAAUGUAAACAUAAUCAUCUUAUAUGAUGUUAACAUUUAAGGCUAGGCCAUAAGUGAAUACACUUCUUAAAUUUUUUGAUUCCAUUUAGGUUUUAUAUUUGCAAUUUAAAGUUUUCGUGACGUGUUUACGAUAUAACGUGAUGUAUUUGCGAAACAAUUUGCAAAUUGUUCAUCCCAAUUCUAUGAAUUCAUUUUAACUUCUAACAUUUGUACUUACCUGUAAGUUUUAAAAAAAUAAAUAAAUUGCAUAUACGCACUCGUGUGCCCUCUAUCGAUA